UCUCCCUCAGACUCGAUCUCUCUUUUGACUCUAUAUAUGUGGGAACCUGAUAUCUAUGAGGGUUCACCCACCCCGGUGACAUCAUUCCUUUCUAUUGCGCCUAAAAUCUCUAUUUCUGCAAAUAUGUCACGUGUUUCUAUUGUUGCUUCCUAUGGGGGUACAUUACAACAAAUCUUCUUUUUCUGCAGCAUUGCUUCUAUGAUCUUAGGAGCACUGGCCGCCAUGGCCCAAACGAAAGUCAAAAGACCUCUAGCUCAUAGUUCGAUUGGACAUGUAGGUUAUAUUCGUACUGGUUUCUCAUGUGGAACCAUAGAAGGAAUUCAAUCACUACUAAUUGGUAUAUUUAUUUAUGCAUCAAUGACGAUAGAUGCAUUCGCCAUAGUUCCAGCAUUACGGCAAACCCGUGUCAAAUAUAUAGCGGAUUUGGGCGCUCUAGCCAAAACGAAUCCUAUUUCGGCUAUGACCUUCUCCAUUACAAUGUUCUCAUAUGCAGGAAUACCCCCGUUAGCCGGCUUUUGUAGCAAAUUCUAUUUGUUCUUCGCCGCUUUGGGUUGUGGGGCUUACUUCCUAGCCCCAGUGGGAGUAGUGACUAGCGUUAUAGGUCGUUGGGCGGCCGGAAGGUUGCCAUGAGUAAGGUUGGGAGACCGAAGGCAGUUUUCCGUGCACCUGACACGUAGCUUACCGAAUCAGUUGCAACACAGAUGGGAAUGCAUGCUACGAAAGACAGGGUCGAGUCUGAUACAUCAACCGUCGACUCCAUAUCCUUGUACGAGUCCACAAUCACUACACGAGAUGAACCUGGGUUUGGUGAAUGGAAGUUGGCCUUAGGUGUAAUAGGACUCCCACUUACUGCGCGCGAUC